AUGACACCCGGCAAACAGUCCAGUGGCACAGCCAGAGCCGCUAACGCCGAGGUUUGGGGUACAAGGGCGACAAGCGGCCAGGGAAGGAGCUGAUUGACCAUUCCCCAGUCAGUCGCCACCAUGCGCAUCUCUCCACCAAGCAGUCGCAAGCAGCCUAGCGUCGGGUUGAACACUGGCCCACAAGUAAGGAAGUCUAUUAGCUUUAUUAAUCCUAUAAAAGGAACCCAAACAAAAGGAUAUGCUGGUGCAAACCAAAGCAGAAUUGGUAUGUCAAGGACCAUGACCAUUGUACCUGAAGUAAAAAUAGAGAAAAUGAAUAUUGCCUCCACAAAGACAGUCACACAAGUGAUUGAUGUAAAUGGAGUUGAUGUUACUCCCCGACCUCUUUACCAUCCAGAUCCACAUACUGGUACAGCAAAGCCAAAUAAACUACUGACAUCGCAAGAAGGAUCACUUGGAUCAGAUUUUAUAUCUUCCUAUAGCCUUUAUCAGAAUACAAUAAAUCCCAGUUUACUAGGACAGUUUACAAGGUCAGCUUUAGGAAGCAGUACUGUUUCUAAGUCAAGUAUAUCAACAACUGAAUCAAUAGCAGAAGACCUAGAAGAGCCAUCCUAUAAAAGAGAAAGAUUGACUAGUUAUACAGAUUUACGAGUUGUGAGGACAGCACCUGAAAAAAUAGUAACAAAAGACGACUUGGAGAAGAAUAUAGAGAUAAUACUUGAAGAGACAGAAACACUGAGAAUUUUUGACCUGCCAACAGUCAUGGUUUCUGUAGAAUCUGAAGAAGCUGAGAAAGUAAACCAGAGGAACAAAAAGUAUGAAGCUCUUUGUAGAAAUAGAGCAGGCAAUGACUUAUAUGUUGAAAGGAUGAUGCAGACUAUUAAUGGAGCACCAAAGACAAAAGAAGUUCAAUGUGACAAAGUCAUAAUGAAGGACAAAGGCAUAAUGUCUACUGCUUGGGAUUUAUAUGAUUCUUACAGUGCUUUGGAAUGUUCAUCCUCAUCAGUGAAACAAGCUACAAGUGAGUCUAGUAAAACAAAUGUACCCUCUAAAGAACGGGACCACAGAGCAGCAGGGAGUACUACGGAAAAAAACAGUGAAGCAAGUUCUCUAAUGGAUAUUGAAAAUGUAAUUCUUGCUAAAAUUCAUGAAGAUGAAGAAGACCAUUCAGAUACAAUAUUAAAAUCUGACAAGUUUCAUCAAGACUUAUUUUUUAUGGAACGAGUUUUAAUGGAAAAUAUAUUUCAGCCAAAACUUGCAGCCUAUCGUCAGCUUCCUAUUUUAAAAGAACCUGAACCUGAAGAACCUGAAGACUUCUUACAAAGUGAAAAUCUUGAAGAGACAGAGGAAGAAGUUAAGAAGGAAGAAGAAGAAGAAAUAGAAAUUGGUACACAACAAUCAACAAUACCAGCCAAUUUGGAAAGACUUUGGUCCUUUACCUGUGACUUAACCAAAGGCUUAAAUGUGAGCAGCCUUGCCUGGAAUAAAGCAAAUCCAUGGCCAGAACGUAUUUAUCACAGUAUACAUGGAGUUACUGCUGUGGAUUUUUCAAUUGGAUCACCUAAUCUUUUAGCAGUUGGCUAUUACAAUGGUUCAAUUGCAAUUUAUAAUGUACAGAGCAACAAUACAGUUCCAGUUCUGGAUAGUAGUGAAUCUCCUCAAAAACAUUUGGGACCUAUAUGGCAACUACAGUGGAUAGAACAAGAUCGAGGAACAACGGGUGAUGACAAAAGAGAAAUAUUAGUUUCCAUAUCAGCAGAUGGAAGAAUCUCCAAAUGGGUUAUACGAAAAGGACUGGAUUGUCAUGAUUUGAUUCGAUUGAGACGAACUACUUCUAGCAGCAACAAAAAAGGAGGGGAAAAGGAAAAGAAAGGUGAAGCCUUCAUAUCUCGACAGGCUCCUGGAAUGUGUUUUGCUUUUCAUCCCAAGGACACAAAUAUCUAUUUGGCUGGCACUGAAGAAGGUCAUAUUCACAAAUGUUCUUGUUCAUAUAAUGAACAGUACUUAGAUACUUAUAGAGGACAUAAGGGUCCAGUGUAUAAAAUAGCAUGGAAUCCAUUUUACCAUGAUGUAUUCUUAAGCUGUUCUGCAGAUUGGGGUGUUAUUAUAUGGCAACAGGACAAUAUCAAGCCAUUUUUAACAUUCUAUCCAACUACUUACGUUGUUUAUGAUGUUGCCUGGUCUCCUAGAUCAUCCUAUAUCUUUGCAGCUGCCAAUGAGACCAGAGUGGAGAUUUGGGACCUUCACAUCAGCACUUUGGAUCCUCUGAUUGUGAAUUUUGCUAACCCUGGAAUCAAGUUCACAACUGUUCUCUUUGCCAAACAAACGGAUUGCCUUCUGGUGGGAGACAGUGACGGACAGGUUGCUGUAUAUGAACUGAGGAAUAUGCCCACUGUCUUGGAUUCUGGACGGGGAGAUGUAAUAUGUACUUUGCUUGGACCCAAGUCAAACUACUCAGGAUAA